UUUAACUUUAAUUGUGUUUAACUUUAAUCUUAAAUAUUAAUUAUAAAAAAUGUUUUAAUUAUACGUUUAAUUAGUUUUAAUGCAAUAAUUGAGUACUUUUUUCCCAAAAGUAUAAUAUUUUGACAAACAUUUUAUGUUUAAAAGAGUUUUAAAUAAAAAAUAUUUAUUUGAAUAAAAUGUCAAAUCAAUUGAAUGAUAAUUAUUAUGGUUUUGACGCCAAUACUAACCAUUCACUCGUGAGUAAUACUAAUGCAAUGGCGGCGCCAAUGGGUCCGCAGUCGCAGCCAAAACAGGUCCACAAUUACGGCCACAGAAAUGCAGUCAAUGCUAACCGACGGCCGAACGGACACAAUGUUAAUAACGAAACCCAUAACAGCUAUUAUCGCCGAAAUCAGCCCUAUUUUGGUCACAACCGAACUCCUGGUCCGGCGGCCAAUCAAUACAGGGCUCAAGUGAUUGAUUAUUCAAAUGGUACUCAAUCCCAGCCAAUCAGACAAUAUAACCCCCAAAACGCGACCGCAAAUAAUUAUUGCCAACCGAUGUCUACGAGACCACAAACGGGUCUUUUGCCGACACCUAAUCAUAAUCAACAACCGUAUGGACAGCCGUCACAACACCAGUCAUAUAUGCCAAACGCCAACAGAGCACCGGCGCCGACACCUAACCAACCAUAUCAUCCCUCGUCUUCAUUAACAGCACUUCAAAGACCUCAACAAAUGAAUUCUUAUGCAUUUAACAAUCAAUCGGUUCCACAAUAUCCCAUACCGACGACAUACUCACAAAUGUCUCAACCGGUGCCACAACCUGUGCCGCCACCGACUGUGCCACAAAUGGUGCCACCGGUGGCCGUACCGAUGCCUGUGCCGCCCCCUUCCAGAGCGCCAUUGUUUCCACUACCGGUGCCGCCCGUCACAGCUCAACAACAGGUCAACCAAAUGUCGGGCAAUAAUAUUUUAGUCAACAUAAAAGUCGAGUCGGAUAUCGAGUCUCAGCGAAAGUCAGAGGAAACGAGAUCUCAAAAACUGUUGUCCGAAGGAAUGGACAAAAGGACUCAAAACGAAUUGAAUGGCUUUUACUGCCUCUUCUGUGAAGUGUUUUGUAAUAACUUAAACGCCGCCGAAAGACACGUCGAGACACCCAAACACCACAGAACCAAAAUUGGAGACAAUUUCAAAGGAAUUGACGCUAAGUUUACCAUUAAAUCCGAGAGAAUAAGCGAAACGAGGGUUGCUUUGGCCCGAAAGGGGGAAUUGAAUAAAAUAAGUAAUGUUAUUAAGAAUGAGUAUUUCAAUGAAGGUAUUCGGCUUAAGGACGGCAUCGGACCAAAUGCUUAUGUCUGCGAAAAUUGUGAUAUUUCUAUCGCAUCGCUGGCAUUGAUUUCAGAGCACUUAGAGCUUCACAAACAAUUGGCCGAACAGUUAAGAAUGUGUAGUAAACCCGUGAUUGGACUGGACUUUAUCUGCGAAUACAUCGACCCGAACCCAUCCAAAGCUCGUCUAUACGAGUGCACACUUUGUCGCACAUUCACCACAUCUGGCGAAGUCAUUACCCAUGUCUGCGGUUACGCUCAUAGGACUAAUUUUAUCAAACGAAUUCAUCCGAAAGAAGGCAACAAAUUUACGGUCGAAACGAAGGAGUUAUCGCUGGAAGCGGCCAAACAGGCCUUUGAACUGGAAUUAGUGGUCGGGAGGGGACAGUACAAAGUGAAACACCAACCGGUGCCACAACACUACGCUAUAGGCAGUGGUUCUUUAGAUCAAAUUGCAUGCAAUUAUAGUUACGUACAAACGCCGAGUCCAUCGCCCGGCCCUCCGAAGCCUGUCAUUCAAAUAGAAUUACCAGAAGUGAAGUCCGACGACCAGAAGAGUCCGCUCGAGAAACUGUUUUGCGUUCGACUCGAGAGUGAGUCCGACGCCAAUGUUGUGACCAAAAUGAUUGAAACCAUCACUAAUUGUGUCUUUGAUUACAUCACGAAAGACAUGUUGCCUGAGACGAGAGAACAAAAUGAAUACCAAUUACUGAAGAGUUUAUGCGAACGACAAGACUUGGACUCGUUUACCAUCGAAACGUUGGAUUCAAACAAAACACAUAUCAAUGUCAACGAUAUUCAGCUGAAGAAGAAAGAGAUCUGCAGUGAAGUGAACGCCGGUUUGGGGGCCGAGUGUUGGGGUUAUGAACGCGAUUGCGAUGAAAGUCACGUCUACUUAAGACCCGAGUGUCCCGAAGAGACCAACGGUUGGGCUCGUAAUGAGUUGGAGGCCAUCAAAGUGUUCUGGGAUUCGGCGGACUUCGGUUAUGUCAGCCAAAGAAACGCCGAAAUGAAGUAUUUCUGUCGACCGAAGACCAGAACAAACGGCAAGCAAUUGAUUUCAUCGCUUAAAUGCUCUCAAUAUAUGAGGUAUUGUUCGGCGAAAAACAUUUUGAUUGACUUUGAGAUGUUGUCCAAAAUGGAAGAACCCGUCAGAUAUCGGGACGACGUUCUCAGAGGCGAACACAUCGGCGGUUGGAAUUGCGAUCUUCUCGAGCGCGACCUCAAGAGCGAGGGUCAGCACAAGAGUCCUCUCCAGUCGUGGUUCGCGGAGAUCGAGAACUUCCGUGUUUUGUCGGACGACGAAGAGUGCGACCAAUGGGUCGAAAAGCCGACGUUUAUCAUGAAAUUGGACGCAACGGUUAAUAUGUAUCACCAUUUCUGUGAUUUCAUCAAUUUGUACGCAAGUCUUCAUCUGAAUAACUCAUUUUCUACGGACAACAAUAUAGUUGUCUGGGAUUCAUAUCCUUAUCGUUCAAACUUCGGUGUCGUGUGGAAUGCGUUCACACGAAACCCUGUCCUCAAUAUCGGACAAUUCAAAGGCAAAAAAGUGUGUUUUCGAGACCUAAUACUGCCAUUACUUCCGCGAAUGAUUUUUGGCAUUUACUAUAAUAUGCCACUCAUUCCCGGCUGUCGUCAGAGCGGACUCUUUCGGGCAUUCAAUCGACACCUCAUCCACCGGUUGGGCAUCGAAGCAGUGGUUCCGCAAAACGACAAUUUGGUCCGAAUAACGAUGAUUUCGAGGCGAACCAAAUACAGACAGAUUGUGAACGAAGCGGAACUGAUGGCCGAAAUACAAGCGCUGCCCGACGUGUCGGUGGAGAUCCACGACUUCAAUCACUGGAUGUCGUUUGACAAACAGAUGACAAUCAGCGCCAACAGCGAUGUGUUGAUUGGUAUACACGGAGCGGGUCUGACACACGCGCUCUUUCAGCCCGAUUGGGCGGUUCUGAUGGAGCUCUACAACUGCGACGACGAGCACUGCUAUAAGGACUUGUCUCGACUCCGAGGCGUGCGUUACAUGACAUGGACUGACCGCUCAAAAGUCUAUCCCCAGGAAAGUAAUUACAAGUCAGAAAACCCUCAGUUCUCAGCCGACGCUAAGUUUACUAAUUAUCGUUUCGACGCCAAAGAGUUUAAGCGUUUGGUUACUAUUGCUGUCAAUUAUGUCCGAAAGACCAGACCCUCAAUGAUCGACAAGACUGUCGCCAAUCCAGUCAUUAAACAACAAAUCAAAACUGAAUUAUGAUUUCUAACUAUCGAUUGCCACAAAUUUUUGUUAUACAAA